UUCGCUCAUCCAGCCAUCUGGAACUUCUCCUAUAAAGCUUUCCAGCAGAGAAUACUUCUGUAUUUAGAAAGCUGCUUGAGUGACUCUGAGCCCUUUCUCUUAGAGAUGCUCGCCUAAGAGGAUGGGCUCGUAUGGGUUUUCUACUCUGAGGGAUGCUUUCAAGAUCCUGUCCAAUUCCACAGAUGCAGAUGAAGAGUUUUCAAAACUGGACAAGUUGAACUGGACUUUCCCCAAGCCAUGUUUGGCUUCUGAUUUCCACGCAGCCAAGUGCCAAAUGGAGAAGAACCGUGCUGCCUCCAGGCCGCACCCCAGUGAACGCUCAGUGUCCAUAAGCACAUUGGUUAUGGGGUCAGAGAGCUGGAACCCCCCAACUUCCUGCCAAGUUCCAUCCAAGAGGCCUGUGGCAACUUUGGUUGUCCGGCCUGCACAACCCCAAAAACCCACCCAGCCUGAUGAUACCUCCCGAUAUCCCAGAUUAGCAAAGAGGAGACUAAUUUGUUUAAAUCGGGAUGAAGAAAAGGAGGUCUGGAGUGAUGAGGAUGAACUUUUUGAAUCGAAGGAAGAAAGCAGCAGCAGCACCAACACUUCCCUCUUUGGUUCGAAAAAGAAGAUCUGGACUUCAGAGGAGUCUCAGUGGAUUAAGGAAGGCGUGAAGAAGUUUGGGGAAGGGAGGUGGAAAGCCAUUUCCCAGGCAUUCCCCUUUAAGAACCGCACUCCUGUGGCGAUCAAGGACCGAUGGCGGACGAUGAAGAAUCUGGGGCUCUUGUGACCCUGGGGGCAAGUGCCUGAGCUCCAGCGCUAUGUGGACACGGUGGGCCAGAGGUGCUUUUGCAGUGUGUUGCAUUGGGCCAGCAGGCUGGUGGCCACAAUCUCUUAGCUCACUGGAGGCUUCUCCCUCUGCUUUCUGACAUAGGCUCUCCCCCUCCCUCCAUUUUGUUUCUUUUUUCCCCCCUUUUAGUUUUCAGUACUGAAAAUACAGAUUCAACCUUGUGUAAACAAUUGGUAUGGAAAGUGCACGUUUUACAGUAUAAAAAAUACGUCAUUUCAAUUUUUUAUUUUGCCAUAAUCUUCUGGAGUACAAAUGCUAUAAAUAAGGUUAAAGUAAAAAGACAGUAGAAUAAGAUAUGUUCUAUCCACAAACAGGAUGACAUCAUCUUACAGUCUCACAAUAGGCAAACAUUCUUAUUUACUUGUGGAAUCAAGUUACUUCAAUUAGUAUUAAUAACAUACUAUAUAAAAUCCCACCACACUGCACCAAAAUCCAUAGCUUAUGCCUCAACUUGAAUUAAUUGAAAACUAAAUGUAAUUUUUGCUGAAAUUGCAGUGUUGUACAUGUUUUUAUACCACAAAAUAUUUCCAGUGUUGGACAAUAGACCGCCUUGCUACAGUUCGUAAAGUGAUGAGUUCUUUAGAUAGUACUUUUUUAUUUAUACCUUGGAACAUUGUUAAAAUAAAAAGCUAUGGAGUGAA